AUGUGGCGCUUCUGGUCUCGCGACGCUGUUGAGAGUCGCGACGAGAAAAACGAUGCUACUGCCCUUGACCCCGAUUACAUGGUUAAAUGGGAUAUUGAUGACCCGUUGAACCCGCAAAAUUGGGCUGUUUCAUAUAAGUGGUGGGUGACUUUUCAGUUGGGUAUGCUUGCUUUGGGUGGUAGUCUUGGUUCAAGCAUUAUCACGCCGGCCGACAACAUUAUCGCCGGUUAUGUCGGUAUUAGUAGCGAGGUGGCCGUCUUGGAUGUCUCAUUGUAUCUCGUUGGCUUCAUCUUUGGGCCUAUCAUCUGGGCGCCAGUUUCCGAGAUCUGGGGUCGCAGAGUCAGCAUUCUCCCACCAGUCUUUUGUCAAGCACUUCUUGCCAUUGGCACGGCGAGAAGCACGAACGCGGCUGCGGUGUAUUGUACACGCUUCUUCACUGGUUUCUUCGGUUCUGCCCCCAUCAGUAAUGUUAUCGCCGCAUUGGGUGAUAUCUGGAGUCGAGAGACGCGAGGCGUUGCUGUGAGCUUGUACGCGGUGGCUGUGAAUGGUGGUCCAGCACUGGGUCCCAUCAUUGGCGCCGCCAUCAUCCUAAACCCUCGUCUUGACUGGCGCUGGUGCAGUUAUAUCUUGGCCAUCUGGGUAUUUGUCACCUUCCUCAUGGCCUACUUCUUUCUACCCGAGGUAUAUCCGCCGGUCCUGUUGAAAAGAAAGGCACAGGGUCUUCGCAAAGAGUCGAAUGAUCCACGAUACUUUCAUCCGCAUGAGCAUAUCCAACUUGACGUCCACUCCAUCGUGACUAAACAGCUCUCCCGCCCAAUGAAGAUGCUCUUCACGGAACCUAUCGUAACCUGCGUUGCGAUAUAUGCUGCCUUCGUCUAUGGUGUCCUGUACAUUACGUUGGAAGUUUUUCCGAUUGUGUUCCAGGAAAUUCGUGGCUGGAAUCCUCUCGUCGGCUCUUUGCCCUUCCUGGCACUAUUGAUUGGUGUCAUAUCCUCAGUGGGCGUCAACAUUUGGAAUCAAUUCCGCUAUAACCGGAUCGCCAAAGCCGCCAACGGGAAGGCUGUCCCUGAAGCUCGUUUGCCGCCGAUGGCCUUUGGGGCGGUAUUCUUCGUUAUUGGUGCAUUCUGGUUUGCUUGGACGGCUGAGCCUCCUCAUCACUGGAUUCUGCCUUGCCUUGCGGCAUUGUUUAUCGGAGUUGGUUUCAACUGCAUUUUUCAACAGUGUCUGAAUUUUCUGGUUGAUGUUUAUGGAAUUUAUGCUGCUAGCUCUACCGCUGCGGUGACUUUUCUUCGAAGCAUUAUGGCGGCCGGUCUUCCUUUGGCGGCGAAGCCAAUGAUAAAUGCCCUGGGCGUUGGUCCGGGUGUUUCUAUUAUCGGUGCUGUUGCUGCUGUUCUGCUGCCGAUUCCGUUCUUGUUUAUGAAAUAUGGGCCACGGAUACGAAGGUUGUCAAAACUUGUGCCGGAGAAUGUUAACUGA